UUUUCCAGGUGAGACAGAAGUAGGUGGGUGUUCCUCGUGCCCCUGCUUACACCUGCUACCAUGUGCUAAAGUGUGCGUGCGCGUGUGAGCGUCAAGAUGUGGAGACGAGGAGGAGGAAGAAGAUGUGGAGGAGGAGGAGGAGGAGGAGGAAGAAUGAGAAGAGGAAAAGGAGGAGGAGGAUUACUAAUGGCCUUGUGUUUUCUCUGCGGAGUGCAGACAUCCUACACAACAUCCCCUGUCCUCCUGUACUCCACUAUGUCCUGGGGCGGCCUGCGGGGGAACAUUACCUUCUCCUGGGGCGGCGAGGGCACCAAUGUGACGGUGACGGCGGCGCUGGAGGAGGCGGGGACAGAUCUUGAAGGGGAGACUAAAGAAUAUGACUGGGCUGUAUAUGAUUGGCCCGUUCGCUUUGAUACUAACAAAAGAUGCGGUUUAUCGGAUCUUGGUACGAAGUAAAAAACGGGACCUCUCUCGGCUCCUUGGCAAGCUAUCCCUCCCGCAGGUGGAUGGGCCCCAGGUGUUCGAGACUGACCAGCUGGCCUUGGUCGGGGAGGAGGCCAUCUGGGGGCGGAGCAUCAAGAUUACUGGCCCGAAAACCACCUGCGCUAAUUUACACGGAGUGGGCGGCGAGAGGACAUACGAGGGGCGGUUCCAGGCUCCUGUGGGCGGGUCGGUGUGGCUGAGGACCUGGGCGUGGGACGUUGGGACAGGGAACAACUCAAAGAAGGGAAUACAAACCACAAUCUUUACUGACGUCUACCACACAGCAGCUGAUGACCCUCCCAGCGGUGAUCACAGCUGGUCCCUCUUCAUCACCGAUAUCCUGGACGAGAAGGAGAACCGACCAUCUUGCAAUUUUCUGAGUCGCAUUUAUGAUCCUGAGGGGAGAGAGAAGUGUGACGAGUCUGGCUGCCCAAUGGGGGACUUAACGGCAGCUCAUGGGCCCCUAAGAGUGUCCGCGGCUAGGUCACGAUUCUCACGCAAGAUGUACACCUCCACCAAGAUGACCCUGCCUGACCUGACGGGGCCGCGGAAGCUGUACCUGGCUGUGAUGGGCGCCCUUCACCCUGACCACCUGUGGGCGUGCACGAAGCUCAGACCAGUGCUGCCGAAGAAGGCCCGGGCGGUGUUCGAUGCCCUGGGAGUGACUGGCAAAAUCACACUCACACAGGCGUCACUUUUUGCCCCCACGGACGUCACCCUGGCUUUGGAGGGCCUGGGGGGGAUUGCCGGGGGGUUCCACGUGCAUGAGCUCCCUGCGUUACCUCAAAGGGACCCCGGGGUAUCGCACUGCUCCGCCACAAAGGGCCACUAUAACCCGUAUGGUGUGGACGUGGCUACAUCUCCUGAGCCUGGCCUCGGUGCGCACGAUCAGUAUGAAUUGGGUGACUUGAGCGGGAAACACGGCAUGCUACUGGGUUUAGAGGACGCUCAAGCUACUGUCACAGACCACAACUUGCCUCUCUUCGGCCCUCGCUCAGUGCUAGGUCGUGGUUUGGUCAUACACAAGGCGGAGGGCGCGAGGUGGGUCUGUGCUAACCUCCGCCCCACUACACCACAGAUCCGCGCCGCUGUGACCUUCAGAUACCCGUUAGUUGGUGAGAUGAUAUUUGAGCAAGAGGCAGAUGACCCUCAUUCCGAUACCUCCGUGCUGGUCACCUACCUCGUGUACUCUGACGGCAGCAGGAACACCACAGGGGACCACCGCUGGCACGUGCACCUCCACCCCCCAGGCAGGGACUUCUAUAACUGGACCAAGCGUUGCGUCAGUGCUGGCCCGCGGUACAACCCUUUCAAGGUGAGCACACACGAGAGGCAAUACAAGGGAUGCAGCGUGGACACCCCUGCCAAAUGUGAACUGGGGGACCUCUCUGGGCGUCACGGGAACGUCAGGGUCUCGGGGACAGUGAAGGGCGCCCCGGAGACACAAAGGAUGAUGACGGACACGAAUCUUCCUCUCUCGGGGCCUCACAGCAUCUUAGGACACUCCAUUGUGAUUCAUGAUGACUUUGCUCCAAAACAUCGUGGUGAUAGGAUGGCCUGCAUGAGCAUCCACCGCAUCUUCCGUCACAAGGGCGUGGUGAGCAAGUGGCACGCGACGAGGGGGGCGGGGUCGGUGGAGGGCAAGAUUGAAUUCGUGCAGGAGUCAGAGUAUGACCUGACCAACACUGAGGUGGAGCUGAGGGGCCUGGCGGGGAUGGCCGGGGGGUACCACGUGCAUAUGGUCCCAGUAGAAGCAGAGUUGGAGUUCCCCUGUGAAGCCUCCACAACACUGGGGCACUACAACCCUCUGAACAUAACGCCCAGUGACUCUCCAGCACCCACGAAGGGCACGGAUGACCUGUACGAGAUGGGCGACCUCUCUGGGAAAUACGGGGGUCUUCAUGGGCAAACUUGGCUGCACGAGUUUUACAAUGACACGAAUCUGCAACUGUUUGGGCCCACCUCGAUCAUGGGACGGUCCGUGGUGAUUCAUAAGAUACAGCAGAAUGCGAGGUGGUUCUGCGGCAGUAUAGGAUGGGGGUACUCACCUGCCGAGGCCCGCCAGGUGUCAGCCAUCGCAUCCUUCCACAACCCUCAAGGAUACGCCGAAGGAUACGUCAGGAUGCGUCAGUUGGUGUACAUGGACGGUUCCUUUGGCGAGACUUUCAUCGAGGUGAACCUGAAACACCCUGGCAGUAACAACAGGAACGUGACGAGGCGACACAACUGGUCCGUGUACGUGAACCCUGUGGGAGUGGAUGCAGGUGUGAAGUUUUUCCAAUCCAGGUGUGUGGCUGCCGGGUACAGGUGGAAUCCGUACCUCAUCCACCUCGCCUUCCCUAAUGACCGUGACUAUUACGAGAGGGAGUGUGGACCUGAUGUACCCUUGCGCUGUGAUGUUGGAGACCUCUCUGGGCGCCUUGGAACCAUCGAUAUUGGAGACAAGCGCUUCGUGUUCGUGGAUCGUAACUUGCCACUGUCUGGUCCACACGGCAUCAUGAACCGGGCCAUUAUAAUCCACAGGGAGAAUGCAGGAGUGGAGCGGUUCGCCUGUGCCAAUAUAGAACCGGAUGAUGACAUUAUAAAGUGGGUCAUUAUCAGAAAGGCGCCCAAGUUUUCCGUGCCCACCUUCAUGAUGGAUAUCCGGGAGGUUCUGGGGGCGCCGAAGUGGUUCCUGGCUGCUGACCUCCAAACAGUGACCUUUUCCAGUGACCAGCAGUGUGUGACCUUCGUGGUGCACUUCAUGGGCCCCAGCGCAGGUCGCCUUGAGUUGGACUUUUCCCGUGUGCUGGCUGGCGGCAUCCUGGACCACCCCACCAUCAGCAUCAGGGGCGUGUACCCUGACCCGGACCGCCCCAAGAAGCUCCCCUACAGGACGUGCGGGGGCCUGGAGGAGGAACUGCUGCUGGAGGAGUAUAAGACCAACACCCUGUGGGAUCUGAUCAAGGGCAGUAGUGAUGACGACGAUGGUUAUGGUGGGUACAGGGGAGCGGCGGCUGGGGCUGGCCUCACCCUGGCCCUGCUCUUCCUGCCUCUGCUUCACUUCCUGCUUUGAGGAAGGCCGUGUUUUUGUACCUUAUCACGUGUUUAUUCUGUACACCAUGUAGAUAAAGAGAGGUAUAUUAUACUGUUUUUGUACCUAUUAAGUGUUUAUUCUGUUGUACACCAUGUAGAUAAAGAGGUAUGUAUAUACGUAUUUUAAUAUACAUAUUUUAAUAAAAUUGUUAGAUGUAGGUAUAUAUUAUAUUUCAUGAAAAUUGUAUUACGCAUAAAUUUACUCGAUACACUA